AUCAUUGGCUCCCACAAUGGUGGAUAACAGUUGCAUUAUCGAGGGAAACGUCAAGUUUCGCGACGGCAAAAAGUGGAAAUCCCGAUGGUGCGUCAUGCGGAAGCUGUCACCGGUCGCAGACUGCCUGCACCUGCAGCUGUACGGCGACAGCAAGGACAGGUACAAACAGGGCCAGACGAAGGCGUCGCUGAGCUUGCAGCACUUUCUCGGUGUACAGAGCGGCUUCACCCUCGACAAGGAAUCCAACACCAUUGCCAUCAUCUGCCAAGACGUGACUGUCGUGCUCGCCUUCGACACGCGGGAAAGGCUCAUACAAUGGCAGGUCAAAAUAUCAAACAACCUCGGCGAAGACCAAGAGUUCCUGGUGCUGCUAUCGAGCGCCCCGGCCAAGGCGAAGCUCAACACCGGCCCGGCCCAGUUGCACGUGCGCGAGCAGCGCUUCUGCAUGACGAGCGGCGUCCCGCCCCGGCUCCUCGGCACCUGGGAGAUCGGCCAACUGCGCCGCUACGGCGUCGUCGAGGGCCGCUUUUGCUUCGAGGGUGGCUCCCGUUGCGGCCGGGGCGAGGGCCUCCACGUCCUCAUCACCGACCAAGCCGAGGAGAUCGCGCGGGCUCUUCAACUGGCGGCCGAGGACAAGCUCAUCGCCCAACAGCAGCUCAACCAGGGGCCCCAACGCACCAAUGCCCGCCUCCACCUGCUGGACAGCCCGCGCCGGCAGCCCUUCGACUCCUGCGAGCUCUUCUCCCCGUCCACGUCCUCCUCGUCGGCUUACUGGGCCUCGGCAGAGAGCCGCCAACAGGAGCCCGACUCGGCCUCCCUCCUCUCGGAGCUCGCCGCCACUGCCGACCACCACACCCUUCACCUCCACCACCACCACCACCAACCCCAACAACAACAGGGCACGGAUUGGCGAAGCUGCUCGCUCUCUCGUCAGCAGCACGUGAGCGCGGCUUGCCUCGAGCGUUGCUCGAGCUGUAUCAGCAAACUCGGUGGUAUGUCCAAGUCGUCGACUUGCGCGACUACGGCCACGCUGGCGAGUUCGGGGGCGAGUAGCAGCCACCUUGGCCACCUGCAGCCUCGGGGAGCCUUCGACCGGAUCUCGUUGUCGUCCUACAGCAGUAGCAACAGCAACAGCCACGACAGCGACUACUCGGCCGCCGGCUCGCCCCAGCCAGCGCUUAUCCCAAGGCCCGGCCAAGCGAUGCCCCAACAGUUGCCACCCAGGCCGCCCAAGCCGUCUAACGCUGCUGCUGGUGGUGGGCCCAUCGUCAAGAGGCCGAACAAGCCUCCCAUGCCCCUGCCGCUCGAGCCGAGCACCACGUGCACCUGUGCUGUGGCCAAGAGAGCCGCCGCCGCCGCCGCCGCCGUACCUUCUCGCAGUGCAACUACGGCACCGGGGCCGUACGAGAAUUACGACAUCCCGAAGACGAUGUUCCAUCACUCGUCCGUGGUGGGGGAGCAGCAGAGUCCCCAGGCGGAAGCUUCGUUGAACUACGACACCCCGCGCAAGAUCAAGGAGUGUCUCGCGAUGCCGAAGGCCUACCCCAACUACGACACGCCUCUCGCGCCCCAGGCCGUGGUUCUGCAGCAGUGCGGCUGCCCGGCAAAGUUGCCGGCCCCGGUAGCCCCGACACCCCAGCUGCCCAAGGUCCUGGGCUGCCCGUGCCAGAACGUCAUGAGCUGGGCGGGCUUUGUCCUGCCCUACUGUCGUCGGGGCGCCGGCAUCGAGCCCACGGGGGUUUCCAUGCAGCCGGUGCGGCUGUCCGGCGAGGGAAAAAUGCCCGUGGUCAACGCCAACGGUCAGCUCACCAUAUACAGCUCUCCGAGCAGCGCGAGCGUCGAGGCCAACCAGAGCACCACCAGAGCCUCGAGCAACGACUGCGAGUGCCCCGUGCAUCCAUCCUUCGAGGGCGUGACGGCCGCCAAUUACGAGAACGUCGAGCCCGUCAUCGAUACCCAGCCUGAGCCCAAGUCGGCCAAUUACGCCAACAUCGAGUUCACCGAGUCCCUUGGCAAUUACGAAAACAGCAAGGUCCUUUUGUCCAAAGUUGGCGUUGGCUCCCUGGACGAGAUGGACAAUCAGAAGCGCGAAAACCAACAGCAGCAAAUCGAAGACCGGAAGGAGGAAACCGAGGAGGAUGCCAACAAGUCGGGUGUCUGCCACAAGUGCGGUCACCCGAAGGAGGCCAGCAGCAGCAGCAACGGUAGUCACGACUAUUUGGUCGUGGACGAGGAGAACGAUGCGCCAGAGAAGAAACCGGUUCCAGGCUACUUGCCCAUGCAGCCGGCGCACAACGCCUGCUCCAAGGAAGUCCUGUCGAGGCUGUGCAGCGGAGUCAAGAGCUCGAGCAACCCCGCGCUCUCGGGCUCGUCGAGCCUCGAGUCGAGCAGAAAGAGGUCGGAGUCCGAGUAUCGCGUGCCCGGGUCGGCGAUGCUCUCUAGUCCCUACUUCCGGCGUCGCCUGCUCGACAUGUCCGCGUCGAGCACCGAGGUCGGAGCCGGCCUGGGCAUGCUCUUGCGCAAGAGAUCCUACUCGGCCGAAUCGGCUCACUGUCUCGACGACGACAAGAGCCCCACGGCGGCUGGUGCCCAGCACAAGUGCAGCAACACGGACGAAAAGCAAGCGCUCACGAACAACGAGGCUGCCGCCGAUUCCAAAAAUGAAACAACGACGGCGACGACGAAUGGUAGCCCACAGGGCGCUUGCCUGUCGCCGCAGGCUCUCAAUCCUCCUUUGGCUUCCAUCAAAAUCCGAAGAUCCUCUUCGGUGCCCUCCAAGACUGGUCAGAAUCGCGACUCUUCGAGCAGCAACGACUCGGGCGUGUCCACGGGAUCGCUCAGCCACAGGACCGCCGAGUUCGUUGAGUUUGAAUUCCCUCUGGCUCCGGCCAACACGUUAAUCAAGAAACAGAGCGUGCCCCACGUGUACCGGAAGAGCCCGCCGCUCGCCUGCUUUCAUGGUAGCCUACCGAGAAAGUCCAAGUCGAGCGAUCCCCUGAAGGAGAUAACUUUCCAGUUCCAUAAGAUUAAACUACCGGCAAAGUCCUCGUCUGCCGAGGCCGACAUCACGACUUGCUUACCGUCAAAGGCAUCCAAAGAAUUUAAUAGCCCCGGCGAGGCGUCGAGCAUUGUUCCCUACAUCGAUUCACGAAGUACGAGCAGCGGCACGUCGGAUAUGUCGGACUACAUUGAAACUUUGUCCCUAUCGUCCCACUCCUCCUCGGAUGCUCCUGAUAAUCUGAGAGUUGGUGGUAGAGCUGUAGCAACAACCUUGCGUCCACGUAGCGGUAAGGAAUAUUACAAAAUAGAUCGAAGUAUCUUGGUAGAACAGGGUCAACCACUUGGCGCUUCAUCGAACUACGCUAAUAUUGUGCCAUGUGCGAGAAAAGAAACUCCUCGUCAUCCGGUUACAUAAAUGGAUUGGCUGUGCGGAUAUUCGACUGCGCUAAUUGGGUUCGAGUCACUUUGCGCCCUUUAGAUAAAAGGAAAUCGUGAGUGACUAUGGACAAUACAAUUAUUAUUUUGGGCCAUUUGGACCCGAGGGUAAAUAAUGAAGUUAAGAUAUAUCGCUUAGUCAAUCUAAAACGAAAAGCUUGCUUCGGAGCUAUGAAUAUUCUAAAAUGCGGACUGCGAUAAAUCUGCUCGAAUCAGACUCGAUCUCACGAGUAGAUAAGACUAACUGCCCAGAUAGGGGGUUGAGAAUAUUUAUUUAGUAGAAUGAAAGACAUCGAAAAUUCUGUCGAUGAGUUUGAAACAGUGAAGCUUUUCAAGCUCGCGGUACUGACUACACUACUAUAAUAUACUUUUAGAUGAAAUUCUAGAG